AUGCUAUUAGGUGUUUCGAAGCGCAGAGGUUAUGAGAAAGCAUUGGCGUGGGGUAACGUGCAAAAGUGGGCCAAGAUAAUAAUCCAGGACGGCGCGCGCAAUGAGGUGAACCCAUGGCUUAAGCGAAUAGGAUGGAUGCCGUACUUAGUAGGCAUGGAGCGACCCGACUUGUUGGCGAGUGAAGCCAUGGAUGGAUUGGUGCGGUUUAGUCAGUCGUCCAUCAUCCACCACAUAGGCAUAUUCGUACGAUUAGAAGUGAUCUGCACCAAGAAGCACCAGACCUACCCUAAGUACCAGUUCACUAAGCGGCAGCGUGAGGCGUGGGAGGCAUUCGUAAAGGAGGCUAGGGGAGUAGUGGGCGGGGAGGAAGAGGAUAAGGAGCAACCAGGGGCAACUUUAGAUAAUAAGAUGACGGACGACGCAGACAGCAUAGUGGGAGAGAUGGAGGAAGCGCCAGUAGUAGGGGUUGGCAACAUGGGCGAGCUAGAAACGUUAUUAAGCAUUAAGAAAGCGUGUUUGGCGUUUUACAUUACAUUAUUAAACUAG